AAACACAGAAGAGGAAGACGACAUUUAUUAACGUCAUGUAAUUAUUUUACCGAUAAAAGUUUGUGGAAAAUCAUCAAACCCCAGAAAGAGGUGAAGGAGUGCUGGUCCUGAGGUGGACCCACAGUCCUGUUAUUUUUGCCAGAAGGUUCUGACUGAUCCAGUCUGGGCCAGCUGUGGACACUGGUUCUGCAGAGAGUGUGUCACUUCAUACUGGGACCAGUCAGGUUCAUCAGGAGACUCCUCCUGUUCCCAGUGUGGAAAAAGAUCCGGAGCUGGAACUAGACUGCAGAUGGACAGAACUGUACAAGAUGAACAUAAGCUCAGCCUGAGGAGCAGAUGUGAAUGUGUGACUGAAGGAACUGAUGAGGCAGGAAGAAGAACCCGACUAAAGCAGAUCUUCACUGAGCUCUACAUCACGGAGGGACAGAGUGAAGAUGUUAAUACCCAACAUGAGGUGAGGACGCUGGAGACAGUUUACAAGAAGAAGACCAUCCAAGACAAACCAAUCAGAUGUCAGGAGAUCUUCAAAGCCCUACCUGACCAGCAGAGCUCCAUCAGGGUAGUUCUGACCAACGGUGUCGCUGGAGUUGGAAAGACCUUCUCAGUGCUGAAGUUCACUCUGGACUGGGCAGAGGGUUUCGAAAACCAGGACGUCAGUCUGGUGGUUCUGCUGUCCUUCAGAGAGCUGAACCUGAUCAGAGAUGAGCAGUACAGUCUGCUGACGCUGCUCCAUGUUUUCCAUCCAACAUUACAGAAGGUCACAGCAGAGCAGAUCAGUGUCUGCAAACUUCUGUUCAUCCUUGAUGGCCUGGAUGAAAGCAGACUUUCACUGGAUUUCCACGACUGUGAGGUAGUUUCAGAUGUCACUCAGAAGAAACCAGUCCAUGUGCUGUUGACCAACCUCAUCAAGGGGAACCUGCUUCCAUCAGCUCUCAUCUGGAUAACUUCCAGACCUGCAGCAGCCAAUCAGAUCCCUCCUUCAUGUGUGGACAGGGUAACAGAAGUCCGAGGCUUCACCACUGAUGUCCAGAAGGAGGAGUACUUCAGGAGGAGAUCUAGUGAUGAAGAUCUGUCCAACACAAUCAUCUCACACAUCAAGACAUCCAGGAGCCUCCACAUCAUGUGUCAAAUCCCAGUCUUCUGCUGGAUUAGUUCUACAGUUCUGGAGCAUAUGUUGACUUCAGACCAGAGAGGAGAGCUGCCCAAGACCCUGACCAACCUGUACUCACACUUCAUCAUGGUCCAGACAACGAGGAAGAGGAACAAGUAUGAAAAAGGGGGUGAGAUGGAGCUGACGGAGGCUGACAGGGAAGUUCUUCUGAAGUUGGGGAGGCUGGCGUUUGAACAACUGGAGAAAGGAAACGUCAUGUUCUACCAAGAAGACCUGGAGCAGUGUGGUCUGGAUGUCACAGAGGCCUUGGUGAAGUCAGGAGUUUGUACCGAGAUCUUCAAAAGAGAGAGUGGACUCUACCAGAAACCACUCUACAGCUUUGUACAUCUGAGUGUUCAGGAGUUUCUGGCUGCAGUUUACAUUUACCACUGUUCCAUCAACAACAACACAGACGUACUGAGGAGGAUUCUGAGCAAAGAAGAACAUGAGGGGUAUGACCAUCAUUCUACAUUCAAUGUCUUCCUCAAAAAGGUCCUGGUAAAAUCGCUUAAGAGUGAAAAUGGCCGCCUGGAUCUGUUUGUUCGUUUCCUUCAUGGUCUUUGUCUGGAGUCCAACCACAGACUUUUAGGAGAUCUGCUGGGUCAAACAGAGAUCAGUUCAAGCACCGUAAAGAAAAUCAUCAACAACCUUAAGGAGAUGAAUGCAAAGCGUAUCUCUCCUGACAGAAGCAUCAACAUCUUCCACUGUCUAAUGGAGAUGAAUGACCACUCAGUCCACCAGGAGGUCCAAGAGUUCCUGAAGUCAGACAACAGAUCAGAGAAGAGACUGUCUGAGAUCCAGUGUUCAGCUCUGGCCUACAUACUGCAGAUGUCUGAGGAGGUUCUGGAUGAGUUGCAUCUGAAGAAGUACAACACAUCCGAUGAAGGACGACUGAGACUGUUACCAGCUGUGAGGAACUGCAGAAAGGCUGAUCUCUAUAGGAGUCGGCUCUCAGACACUCACUUUGAAGUCGUAGCCUCAGCUCUGAAGUCCAGUCCUUCCCAUCUCACAGAACUGAACCUGACUUUCAACCGCAUGGAGGCUCCAGCUGUGGAGGUUCUAUGUUCUGGACUGGAGAGUCCAAACUGCAGACUGGAGACUCUGAGAUUGGAUGACUGCCGUUUGUCAGAUGUCAGCUGUUCUUCUCUGGCCUCAGCUCUGAAGUCCAAUCCAUCCCAUCUGACGGAACUUGAUCUGAGUUGGAAUGACCUGGAGGAUUCAGGAGUGAAGCAUUUGUGUGAUUAUAUUCAGAGUCCAGACUGUAAACUACAGAUUCUGAGAUUGGAGGACUGCAGUUUGUCAGAUGUCAGCUGUUCUUCUCUGGCCUCAGCUCUGAAGUCUAACCCAUCCCAUCUGAUGGAACUUGAUCUGAGUGAAAACGACCUGGAGGAUUCAGGAGUGAAGCAUUUGUGUGCUUUUAUUCAGAGUCCAGACUGUAAACUACAGAUUCUGAGAUUGUAUGACUGCUGUUUGUCAGAUGUCAGCUGUUCUUCUCUGGCCUCAGCUCUGAAGUCCAAUCCAUCCCAUCUGACGGAACUUGAUCUGAGUGGAAACAACCUGAAGGAUUCAGGAGUGAAGCUGUUGGAUGAUUUACUGCAGAGUCCAGACUAUAAACUGGAGACACUCCGGAUCAACGAUACUGGGGGAAUGCCAAAGACACUAACUGGAAUCUCAAUCCAUCAUCGAGUGGAGACAGUGGAGGACACAUCAGAGUCUGACUGUGGGGUCAAAGGUCGUCCUCCACACUCUGACACUGAACCUGGACCCUCAGAUAAACGAACUGGAGCUGACAGACAUGAACCAUGUCCGUCCAUUUCAGACUCAGACCUGAAGGAGUCUGCUGAGGACAGCGUAGAGGACAUUGUGGACCAAGACCCUCACACGAAUCCUGAAGAUUCAGAGAAGCAGCAGCUUGUCUGCACAGAGGCUCAGGCUGGAGCGUCCACCUGGGAGGAGUUCACACCUGAAGUAUCAGCUGAGUCUGGAUUCACUUCAUACAGGUUCAGGUGUCCUCGUUCAGGUUUAUUCCAUUGCACUUGGACUGGACUGGUGUUUGUUGUGGAUCAGAAGGCAGAGCUGCAGUACAGCACUAACCAAUGGAAUGAGGUCCUGGUGGAGUCAGCUGGUAGGACGCCUGCAGGUCCGCUGUUCCGCAUCGAGUGCCCUGAGAAUGCAGUUCGCAAACUCCACCUCCCACACUGUGAGACAAAGCAUGGUCAGCGCUCUGGAACCCUGUCUGUCGCCCACAUCACUGACGAUGGAAUGAGCUUCAUUGAUCCGCUGGAGAUCACAGACACUCAUGUGGUCAUCGAUGUCCUGCACAUGUCUGCCUUUGGCCUCGUCUGGCAGUUUCUAGAAUGGCUUACCAGCAAAACAGUCACGGGCCAAGUUCUGCUGUUCCUCGCACCACCAAACCCAAAAAUAAAAAGGCAAAAACUGAACGUGUUACUGCUGCCGUGCAACAUCCCUGUGGAAGAGGUCCAGAGAAAACAGUGGAAUGCCAAACAGUACGUCGAAGCCCCUUCUGGAUGUGAACUCAUCAGAAACCAAAGUUACACCGUGGACUGUCCCAAUGCCUACAUAGUACAGCCUGAGAAAGCAAAUUUUAUCGUGAACUUCGGACCAAAUUAUCACCCAACAUUUGAAAUCCGCCUUCCAACGGACAUGGACUGGGUGACUUUAACGGUCAAAGACCAAGAAAACAAAAAGGUCUGGGAGCAUGAAGUGCAUCUGAGUGAUCCUGCUGUGAGUGAAGACCAUCAGCCGAGGUCUCAGCAGAACAUCUCUCUAGAGGACAAGUUGUCUACAGUUCGGCCUGAGUUCAUCAAUCGCGUGUCGGUGGCGGUUCUGAACCAGCUGUUGGACAGACUGUUACAACAGAGGUUUAUAAAUGACAACGAAAGUGAAGAAGCUAAAAUGAAAGGCCCAUCCGACAGGGCUAGAUAUGUGAUCGACCUGGUGCGACACAAAGGACCAGGAGCCUGUUCAUGUCUGAUAGAAAACUUGUGUGAGCUGGACCCACACCUUUCACAAACCCUGAACCUGAGAACGCCUGACCUGGUUUGACCUGGUUUGACCUGGUUUGUAAAUAGCAUUUUCCUCUGUCAUCCUACUUUGUCCACUUCCCACAUUUAAAAUAGAAAACUUGACUUUAUAAGAUCCAAAGGAAAUCUGAAAAAAAUGAAUCUCUGAGUGAGACACUGAUCCACCAAAAGAGUCAGAUUAGGACUUUAUUUUGUUCAUAUUUGUUCAAUAUUUUGUUGACUUUGUUGAAACUUUCAUUUUUCUUUAUUUUUUUGACUCAAUGUUCAUUCUAGUCUUUGUAUUUUCAGGACAUGGUGGAUAAAGUACUAAGUCAUGUGAAAAUGAUCUGAGGAAACAAAAUGUGCUUUUGUUUUUGACAGUAGUCAGACACACAAGAUCCAUUUUCCACCACAGGAAGUUCAACUUUACCAAGGAUUUAGAAAAACUUCUGUGCGUUUCCAUCAGAAUCACCCAAUAAAAACGCUCUCUCAUCCCCAAACUUUCCUCACAAAAAGUUCCAAUGGGGUCAGAACUUUUGAGAUUCCCUGGAAUUCUUGGGGGCGGGGCUGUGUGUUGAAGAACGCUGAUUGGUGGAACAUACUUGCAGGGUUCCACACCUGUUCAAACACAAACCACUGAGUUUAGCAGGAAUUCUUUUACCAGGUAAAGAACUUCUUGGGAAUGUUGAUGGAAAAGGGAAUAUAAUAUGGAAAUGUACGUCUGUGUCUCAUUGGUAUCGUGUCCCACACAAAAUAAUCCUUGUCCCAUAUUUACCUUGCUGGGAUCUAGUCUGUCUAGUCCAAGUCCGAGUCUUAGUCCAGAUGACCUCUUCCUGUCCUGGACUAAAGCGAUUUUCAUAGUUGUUAUGACAACAUCGUCAUGUUGAAGAAAGUCUGCAUUUUUAAAAAUGUGAACUAUAUUUUUAAUGACUGGACCAGAUGAGUUAGAUUUGUGUUAAAUGUGUUUUUGCAGCCCAAGAAUCGGGUAAAUAUUUUUUAAAAUAAUUUUGAUACUACAGACGAUUUUGUUGUAUUAUUUUUGGGUUUUUUUUGGUUUUUUUGCAUACUGAACAUCCUGACACUUCCUCUGAUUUGUGAACAGCUGAUUUGAGGCCAGUAGUUUGUGAUUUGACAUCAUCCUGUUAGCUUUUUGGAGCCCGAAGUGACCGUAUUUGGACAAAAGGGGUGGAAUUACAGAAGCCUGAGGGGUUAGAGGUGAGCUAAGGGUUAGCUUAUUGAUGCAAAGUAGAACAUAUUCAGAGCUCUGAUUCCUUUUGGAGCUGAGAUCGUUGCCCCUGACAUCCUUCAGAGACCACAUUAGAACUGUGGUUAUGCAGAAGAAGAGACCACCUCUGGAACACAUAGCAUAGUCUUACCUUACUGCCACUGGAAUGCACUGGUGAUCAUUGGAAGAAGGGUUGGAAACAUCCUGAAACAUUUCACUGAGGAUUCAUGAAGUGUCCAGAAUGCUUUUGAAGCACAUUUGGAGACUUGUCCAAACAGACCAUUUGUUGAGCAUAAUAUCAGAACCUUAAUAUUUUCCACCAGUGGGCAGGGAUGCACUACAUCAUUCUUUAGGCAUUAAUGAGUACUCCCUGACAUGUUUGGAGGUGUUUCACACAUUUAUUCCAAUGGUUACUAUUACCUGACAGUGGUCGAUUACUGUGCAUGUAGUAUAUGCUUCACAAAUCAUUAUUUUACUGCACCCUGAUGUGAUUCAUGUUGUGUCAAACCUUUUUUAUCCCCUAAUGGUGAUCUGAUUAUACACGGAUAAAGGAUCUGAUUAAUAAGGUCUGCAUUAUUUUGGACAGAUCUUCAGAUUUGUUUCGAAGUUCUCCUGGAUAAUUAAGCAUCAAUAAAUACUGUGAAAGCGAUAUUAAAGGUGUUUCAAACCAUGUAAUAUCAAAAUGUAAUUUUGGUCAGAUUUUUACAUAUAUUUAAAACCAUUAUAUGUCAUAGCUAAAGCAUCAAUAAAAGGUUUGGAAGUUGUCAGCGCCCCCCAGUGGUUGAAUAUAAGGCUGUACUAUGUGCUUUAUUUAAAAAAAACUGUUGUAAAUAAUCCCAAAGGCAUCAAUAAAUGAU